GCAGGAGAGAAUUUCCCCUUGGCUUUUGCUUCCCGUCUCUCAAUUGACCUUCACAAGAACCCGCCGCCGCAUCUUACCAUGUCGGACGCAGCAAACAUCGACCUCGAAAAGCAAGGGCGGGACGCGGCAACGACCCCCUCGGCACACUCUGAGGCCAGGGAGGAGCUCUACGUGCGCCAGGAGACGGACAGCAGCGAGGACGUUGAGAAGCGUGGCCUGGAGAGGCAGCCCUCGACGAGGUUUGCGCCGCAGCAGGCGCCCGUCUACCGAGGCGCCGACGGCGAAGAGGUUACGGCAAAGCCUACUAGGACUUUCUCGAGGCGGGCGGCGCGGGAUGCAAGCGAUGCGGCGACGCCCUUUGGUGGUGACCUGUCCAUCUCGAGGACCGAAAUGACCCUGGAGCGGUUCAAGAGCCAAAAGGGCAAGGUUAUGGCUGGAGAGCCUGUUGUCGUCCACUGGGAGGGCGACGACGACCCCGAGAACCCGCAGAACUUCAGCAAGUGGUACAAGAUCUACCUGACGCUCUUUGGCGCCCUUCUCGUCCUCAACAGUACCUUUACCUCGUCGUGCCCCAGCGGCAUCGUGCCGAUGAUGAUCAACUACUUCCAGUUCUCCGAGGAAGUCGCCACGCUUACCAUCUCACUCUGGGUCGCCGGCUACUGCCUUGGUCCUCUUAUCUGGGGGCCAUUGUCUGAGCGGCUCGGCCGAAAGCCCGUCUUCGUCGUGAGCGUCUUUAUGUACACGAUCUGGAACAUGGGCUGCGCCUUGGCAAAGAACACGGCCUCGAUUCUCGUCUUCCGCUUCCUCGGCGGCGUCUUUGGUGCCGCGCCUCUGACCAAUUCGGGUGGUAUCAUUGCCGAUGUCUGGGAUGCCAAGGCCAGAGGAAUCGCCCUCUCGUUCUUCUCCAUUGCACCUUUUGCCGGACCCGCCAUUGGACCCAUUGUUUCAGGCGCCAUCCAGGUCCGCAUGGCCAGCUGGCGAUACGUCUACUGGACGUGCAUGGCAUUCAGCGGCGUCUGCCUCCUCCUCGUCAUCUUCACCGUCCGGGAGACAUAUGCGCCCACGAUUCUCACCCGCAAGGCCAAGCGCAUCCGCAAGGAGACGGGCCAGGACUUCUACAAGUCGCCCCUCGAGCUCACGCCCCUCGACCCCAAGCAUCUUCUCCAUGACACGCUCCUCUUUCCCUUUGUCAUGCUCUUCCAGGAGCCCAUUCUCAUGGCUUUCGGCCUCUAUCUCAGCUUCGUCUACGGCAUCAUCUACCUGCUCUUCGGUGCCUAUCCGUUCGUUUUUGAGCAGGUUCACGGCUUUAAUGCCCUCCAAGAGGGUCUGACGUUCAUUCCCCUCUUUUUGGGCGGUGUCGUCGGCGUCAUCUUCUACGUCGCCAUCAUGAACCCGCGUUACGUGGCCAAGGUCGAACAAUACGCGCGCGAGGGCAAGGGUCGAGUCCCGCCCGAGGAGAGGCUCAAGAUCGUGUGCAUCGCCGCGCCCUGCCUCGUCAUUUCCUUUUUCUGGCUCGGAUGGACCUCGUACCGAUCCAUCAGCUUCUGGUCGCCCAUGAUGGCCGGCUCCCUGCUCGGCUUUGCCAUCCUUCUCAUCUUCCUGGGCAUCUUCAACGGCAUCAUCGACAUCUACCUCGCCAAGGCUGCCAGCGGGCUGGCUGGCAACACGGUCAUGCGUAGUGCCUUUGGUGCCGGCUUCCCCCUCUUUACGAGCCAGAUGUUCAAGACGCUGGGGAUCCAGUGGGCGUGCACGCUCCUGGGCGGCCUCUCGCUCCUCAUGCUUCCCAUUCCCUUUGCCCUCGUCAAGUGGGGACCCAAGAUUCGCUCGUGGUCCAAGCACGCCGCCAGCUAGUCCGCUGCCUGUCUACGGUCAUCCCUUUCUCUCUCUCUCUCUCUCGUGUACCACCAACAUAGCAUACAUAACCUUUCCCUAAUUCAUCUUCUGGACAGUAGAUAUUCACGAUCCUCGUCGAUUAUUCUUUGGCUGGAUGGCAAUGC